UCAGAAUGUGGCUUAAUGUCGUGUUAGUUUUCGUUUUCAUAUUCAACGAAGCUACUGCUUAUCUACCACCACAUGAAGUUUGUGGGAAAGGGACUGAGAUAGAAUCUGAAAGUCGAACGAGGAGUAGUCCUUUUCAUGAAGAUUCUGUGUUAACUGACGACUGCUCUUACUGGGCGGGAGAAGAUGAAAGCAAUGCCAAUCUUGUUCUGGAUUUACGCUGCGAAGUUGCCAUUGAUAGGGUGAUUAUAAGAAACCGAGCUGGGCCUUGUGAAACUGCGGACAACCAAAAUAAUGGAGACAAUUGCAAAACCACGAAAGUUAAGAUAUCUGUAUCUACUGAUGAUGAUAAUUAUAAUGAUGUUGUGAGCAGUUUCACCCUAACAGAUCCAACGGGCAAGGGAUGUAACGCUGAACUUGAUAGAAUACCGUUUCCAACAAUUCAAACUGCAAGAUAUGUAAAAGUAUCAAUUCUGGAGUAUGAAGAUGAUGGUGCAGCGAUAACAUACAUUGGAGUUGAAACUGUUGUAGGUAAAAAUAUCAGUAAUAAUAGUGCUAUGUCAAAUUGGUUUUGUAAACACAUGAUUGUACCAAUUGAAUUCAUGUGA